AUGAGAAAAUUUUGUGAAGAAAAGGGAAUUACUCAUGAGUUCUCUGCACCUAGAACUCCACAGCAAAAUGGAGUAGUGGAAAGGGAGAACAAAACCUUGAUAGAAGCUGCAAGAACCAUGUUAAAUGAAGCUCAAUUGCCAACCUACUUUUGGGCUGAAGCUAUCAGCACUGCUUGCUUCACUCAAAACAUCUCAUUAAUAAUCAAAUCUCACAAUUUAACUCUUUUUCAACUGUAUAAAAGAAAGAAGCCAUCAAUAAGCUUUCUUCAUGUCUUUGGAUUCAAGUGCUAUGUUCUGAGAAAUCAAGGUGAAAAUCUUGGGAAGUUUGAAGCCAAAGCAGAUGAAGCUAUUUUUUUGGAUACUCUACUGGGAAGUCCUGUAGACAUACAAAAGGAUGCUGCAUUUUGUUUAUUCUGUUACCUGUUUAAAGAUGAGUGCGGUGCUCGGGGAAACAAUGAGACAUUUUUCAAUCAGGGUUAUAUAAAUUGGAAGAAGCCUGAGAGAUUGGGAGAUCACAUUGGAAGGCAUAAUAGCAUUCAUAGUCAAAGUCAGAGAGCUUGUGAAGAUCUUAUGAAUCGAAAACAGCAUGUCGAUAUUGCUAUUAUGAAUCAGUCAGAUCAACUGAAACAUAAUUAUCGAAUUCAAUUAGCUACUGCCAUUGAUUGUGUCAAAAUUCUUUUAGCUCAAAGCUUGGCUUUCCAAGGACAUGAUGAAUCUGAGACAUCAAAAAAUAGAGGUAAUUUUAUUGUAGUGUUAAAGUUUCUUACAAAUCAUAGUUCGGACAUAAAAGAUGUGUUCAAAAAUGCUCCUGAAAAUAAUAAACUCACUGCACCCUCAAUCCAGAAAGAUAUAACCAAUGCUUGCGCAGUUAUAACAGCAAAUGCAAUUUCUUUGGAACUCGGUGAUGAAUUAUUUUCUAUAUUAGUUGACGAGGCCCGUGAUAUAUCAAAUAAAGAACAGAUGGAUGUGGUUUUACGUUUUGUGGAUAAAAAAGGUUGUGUUGUUGAAAGGUUUGUUGGUAUUGUACAUGUGACCGACACAUCUGCUGUAUCUCUCAAAGCUGCAAUUGUGUCAUUACUGGCAACAUAUGGAUUAAGCAUAACAAGGAUACGGGGUCAAGGUUACGACGGGGCAACAAAAAAUCACAAAAAACUUGGAUCUAUUUUUAACUGCAUUGCAAAUUCGACAAAUGUUGUUGGGGGAUCUUGUAAGCGCAGAGAUAUUCUUCGGGAGAAUCGAUUAGCAAAAGUAGUUGAGCAACUUAAUAGUGGUGAACUUACUACCGGGCGUGGUUUAAAUCAAGAAAUUUCAUUAAAACGAGCUGUUGAUACAAGAUGGGGAUCACAUUACGAUGUUAUAGUGAAUUUGAUUAGCAUGUAUCCUUUUUUAUUUAAUUUACUGGAAUAUGUAGAGAAUCAUGGAACACUUUCGAAUCAAAGGUCUGAUGCAAAUGAUCUUCUAGAUAGGAAAGAUCGGGACCUUCUGAAUGCCAUGGAUCUCAUCAAAGCAGCAAAAUUCAGAUUUCAGAAUUUGAGGGAAUAUGGCUUGGAGCCUUUAUUGGAAGAGACAUAUGAAUUUUGCAAUAAAAACUUGAUAACUAUCCCAAGAAUGGAGGAAGUAUUUGUACCUAGAGGGAGAUCACAGCGUGGAGCAGAACAAAUUACAAAUGAAGUCCACUAUCGAACAAGUUUGUUCUAUACUGUGAUUGAUGCACAAAUUGUUGAGUUAAAUUUUCGAUUUAACGAGAACAAGCUCAUUCAAUUUGUUGAGUUUUAUCCUGCUGAUUUUUCUCCGCCUGAUCUCAUAGUCCUAGAAAAUCAACUUCUCAAUUAUAUUUUUGAUGUAAAAAGUCAUACAGAUUUUAUUGAAGUGAAUGGCAUUUGUGGACUUGCUCAUAAAAUGGUUGAAACAAAGAAAAGCUUAGUUUAUCCAUUGGUGUUUAAUCUGGUGAAGUUGGCUUUAACUUUGCCGGUUGCUACUGCUAGCGCCGAGAGAGACUUUUCAGCAAUGAAGAUUGUCAAACAGCCAUUACGAAACCGAAUGGGAGAUCAUUGGCUAAAUGAUUGUUUAUUCACUUACAUUGAGAAGGAGAUAUUUGUGAAGAUCUCGACCAAAGAAAUUAUCAAAAAGUUUCAAGAAAUGAAGACUAGAAGAGUCUCAUUUGAAAAUGAAGGUGAAGGUGAUCUCUAUGAUAGUGAUGAUGAUUAUGAUGAUCAUGUUCAGAAUGCUGGAAUUAAUCCUGCAAUCAAUAUUCCAACUGAUGAGUUUUCGAUGGAUGAAACAAUAGCCAUCGAAAACACUGCUAGAAUAUCAGUUGAAACUCCUCUUGACUCGUUAGUUGAAAUUAUAUCUCCAAAUUCCAAUAUCCAGGAAUAA